AGAAUUGCAAAAUAGGAUUAGAGUGAGUACUAUCUCGCAAUCCAUUAGUUGCAGCAUGUCCUUGAUAUUCUUAUACUAGCAGAAGUAGCAUUAUUCAUCCUGUUGUCCAUCCAUCAACAAAGCUUUAUGGGGAGUAAACUCGUCAAUGAAUCCCAGACUUGAAAAACAAGACAACAAAGACCCAUUCAUCCAUUCAUUCACAAACAGUUUUUCUCGUUUUGUUCUGUUUGCCCAUUUAACAAUUUUUCCCGUUACAGUAUUUAUUUUCUUGCUCGUCUCCCCUCCUCUCUCCCUUAAUCUCGCCUUGCAAUCAUUCUUACUUUUCACUACACUAACCAUCUUCAUUCCCUCUCUUCACUUUCAAUUUCAGGUCCAGUACCAACUCAUCUCGUCAACAUGAGCCUAAAUGACAGUUCCCAGGUCUGCAAGAGCUGCCGAGAACCAAUUGCAGAGGGCUCCAUUGGCAUCACAUCCGGCAUGUGUCUCUUUUGCAGUGCUAACCAUGGAGAGCUUCAGCAGCAAAUUCCAUCGUCGCAGUGUUCUUCGCAAGAAACCAUUGAACUGGAGACCUAUUCGCCUGCCCAGUCAGGCACUGAACAGGCUGCUGGUACUGGUCUCGACAGGAGCGCUGAAGAGAGCAAGGAUUAUGAGACUAAGGACGCUGAUGAUAGCAAGGGGGCCAUUAACACUGGCACUACUACCCCCGCUGAAGAGGAGAGUUCACCCUCUAAUGGCUACAAGGUAUGCCCCCCUGCCCUCUUGAUGCCAUCGUGGAAUCAACUAACAAACCCAGCGUCGUCGCCCAGCCUCCAAAAACAGCGACACCCUCAAACUAACCCCCGCCUGCGCCAAUUGCAAAAAAGCCAAAAUCCGCUGCACGCAUCGCCGCGUCCUUGGUGAAGACGGCAAUAUCUCCGCCGAUGACCAGACACCCCCUCGACUGCAGAAGAAAACCGUCCGACUCCG